AUGACGAAUUUGGAAGAUAAUUUCAGCAAAAUGUCAUUAGAUGGCAAUGACAAGAAUUCUCACAAUAUUCACAAGCUACCUGUAUGUUCUCACUCUUUGCCUGGAAAAAAAUAUCAAGGCGGUUCAAUAAGAUUUAAUUCCUUUGUUAAGCCAAGCAAAACUCACUUUUCAGAUCUUUAUAGAACCAGUAAAGAGGUUGCGACUUAUCAUCUUGGUAAUUUGAAUAUAAAUACAGAUCCUACAAUUGAACAUACAAAAGGGGUUCCAUGUCUAAAAGAUGAUAUUUGUCAAAUUGCUGGUAAGUCACUGUUAGAUUCGAAAAAAUAUAAAGCAAAAUAUAUUGGGGCAGAUCUUUUUAAAGAUUAUGAAAAAUAUCAUGCAAUGGAAAAAGAACCAUUACAUGAUCCAAUUAGUUGUUUCAAAUAUAUACAAUAUUAUGACAAGAAACAUGCUAAUGAAAAGAAGAAAUAUGGGAUGGAUAAAGAAUUUGUGAUUAUUACAUCAAGACAUCACAUUAAUGACUUAGUCUUGGCACCAUUUAAGAAAAUAUCUGAUCCAGAAGUCUCUGUACUACUAACAUAUCUGGGUGAUAAUAGAAUCUUAUUGUCUCAAGACUAUGCUCAUGAGCCUCCUGAUUGGAGGGAAAACAAACAGUUCUACAACAGUAUGAGAAAAAUUGUCAAUUCAGGGUUUGCCUUUGAAGAUUUAGUUAUUAAAGAUUACACAUCUUCGAAGUUAACACCAUCACUAGAAGAACAACAGAAAAAGGAUCCAAGCAUUACCAAUAAUUAUUUUUCGGUCGUUGAGAAUGAUAUUUCUCCAAAAUUAACGAUCUUAUUACGUUCUGAAAUGGACGGCUAUAACCCAUUAACCAAUUCUUACACUGAAUUGAAAUGUUUUACCAGGUUGAAUAUGGGUAGUCCAUUUCAUAGACAAAAACUCUUAAAGACCUGGGUUCAAAUUGGACAAUUACCAAAUUCAGAUCUAUUAGUAGGCUCAAGAGACACUCAGACAGGACUGCUGAAUGAUAUUACAUGGUUCUCCAGGGAUGAUCUAGUGACUAAAUGCGAUUCUUAUUAUUCUCCUAGAUUGAGAUUCCAUCAAAAUACUACUCCUACAAAUGCCUCAGCUUGGUACUAUCAUGUCUUAAGCGCAAUCACCUCACUGACAAGAGACUAUUUAAAGAAAACCCCCAAAGCUCCUUCAUCCGUACCCGUACCUUUCAGAUUGAUUGUAGAGAAGAAUAGAACUAUUACUUUACUGCCUUUAAAAAAAGUUCCUGCUUCUGUUCCAAUACCUGAUUUUUACUAUAAAAUAAACGUUACAGAAUCUGAGUCCUCUUCCCCUUCUACAAAACGAUAA